ACCGUCAAAGGACGAAAAAGGAGGAUGGAUGGCCUGGCAGGAAACACUAUAAAAGAGAUGCCUAAAAGAGCACGAAAACCACCAAAGAAGAUGGGUUUUUAUGAACUGGACCCCAGCUCACCCAAAGAGGACUCAGAUGGACUUUUUGUAUUUUUGACCUUUGAAGAUGGAUACACAGCAAAGAUUUUUAAUGUCUGUGAUGUACUAAGCAAAGAUGAGAAACCCAUCACUGGAUUUAGGGAUCUGAAGCCAGGGGAAGAAGUAUUUGCAAAAUGGUCUGACAACAAGUUCUACAAUGCCACAGUGGACUUCGUUGGAACAGCUGACAAGAUAGAGGAUGCCAAGAAGGCCGCAAAGAAAGACAUGAAAAAAAGAGAUGCAGCUGCCCAAAGAUUCUACAGCCCUCCAUCCCUACCUCAAGUAGGUCAGUCCACCUCUGCACAGAAUCACCCAAAUACUGAAGACCACGCUGUCAUCCAGCCUCCAACUGCCCGGCCAGUGGACCAGCCUCCACCUACCGAGUCAUCUUUACUUAUCCAGCCACAGCACCAGCCUGUAACUGCCUGGCCACAGUACCAGCUUCCGGUUUCCCAGGCAACGCCACAGACCCAUCCAUAUUACCAGCAUCCACCUGUCCAGCCGUUCCACCAGUAUGCACCCAUUCUGUCUUCAGUCACACAUCGUUCCAGCCUUUCGCAGUAUCCAAAGCAUCACCAACCUCACACGGCACUGCCCACAUCUUCAGACCUGUCGCCACAGCCUGUUUUGGUGGAUUUGGAUCAGCAAAGACAGCCACCAGCUCCUGCUGCAACAGCCAAAGACAGCUUUCUCAAAAUGUUGUACAGUCCCAAUACACACCCAAAACCUGCUGUUCUCGGGGACCAAAGCCAGACUAGUAUCUCUGAACAUGAGACCUCUUCAAGCUCAUCUGGAGAUACUUUCAUCAUCCAGCGUGAUCCAAUUCCAGAAUGUGGAGAACCAUGUUUCAGUUCGCCUGAAUCGACAGAAGACGGAUCAUGGAAGCCAUGCAGGGCAUGCAAGGCAGAGGUGGACAAAUUACAGGAGGAGAAGGCCAAACUACAGGAUGUGCUGUGUGGUCUGAGUGGUGAGCACCUCAAGGCAUUCAAAAGCUUUCUGGACAAAGUGGAACAGAUCCAACCUCAGGCUGGUGUUGGGGCUCCAAAAAGCAGAUCUGAGAAGCAAGAGCUGUAUCCAGAAAGUGGCCUCUUCUUGUCCUCUACCCGCCUGGCUGCAAUCCAUGCAGAAGCAAAGAAGGACUGCCUUCGCUUGUUCCAUCUUCUUUUUGAUGAAUUCUUUACUGCAGAGGAGUGCCGAAAUACUGUGGCGUUUGGGAAACACGGAAAGGUGCCAGAUGGGAAGACAGUCCUGGAGAAGUUCAAAGUCAGUGGGAUUCUAACUUACAUCAUGCGCUGUGGUACGCUGGAUGGUUGGACACCGGUGGAGAAAAGUAAGGUCAAGAAAGCCUUCAUAAACAAAUGCCGCAUCAGAGCCACAACGCUGUGAAGUAUUCAAUGUGGCAUACUCAUACAGACACUUGUUAAAGUGACCAUGUUCAAAAAAUCCCUUCUAUGCAGAUGCUCCAUGUGUGCCUUCAAGACUUCAGUUGUUCAAUGUUGUGCGAGUGUGAAGUUGU